CAUCUUCACCGGUAAACAAAGAACUAGAAAAUUUCAAUGUUUUGUGUUGUUGAUGAUCCGUUGAAGUCUUGAAAUGCUUUUUAUAAAAGAAUAAAAGAAUAUCCAUGAUCUUGGACGUGAAGUUUUGCCAAUGAUUCUUAAAAUGUCUGUAGAAAGUUUGAAUUCACUUGGAAACAAUCUCAGGAAAUGUAUAUGAUUUAACCAAUGGCAUCAAGUAUAGAAGAAACAAAUUUGGCAGAUGACAGUAUAACACCAUGUCAAGAUAAUCUGGUACAAACCACCGAUGAUGAGACAGAAGGUGAAUCAUCUCUUUCCCGUAGGGCGAGGUUCAGUGACCAGCCAGUAGAAAAAUCUGGUUGGAUAGAAGUCUGCCAAUCAGAACCUCAGGUUGUGACCUUUACAGGGGUUGUGACCCGUGGGCAGUCACAAGGUCAGCAUGUGAAAGUUCAGCUUGAAAUGACUGAAGAUGAAUACACAAAACUCAAUCAGUCCGACGAUUCUCAAGAAAAGGGAUGUAUUUUUGGGAAAAGGGUUGGACCGCAUAUAUUUCUCAUGUCAAUUUUGUUCAUGCCAUUUUCCUUUUUAUCGUCUUUUUGUAUCUCAUUUUAUCUAGGAACUCUUACAUGGUACAACUCCAUAGUGUAUUUUAGUGAAGAAAAGACAAUCUUUCAUAAACUUUUACUCUGCCCUGUUUUGAUAUUAACCUAUCCAUUUACAAUAGGAAUUUCAUCAUUUGUUUUAGCACUGUAUAGUUGUAUUAUUCAGUUGUCAUGGUUUCUGAAUCAUUGGUGGCGUGAAAUACGAGAUUUUGAGAAAGGAUUUUAUGGAUGGGUUUGCAAUAAAUUGGACAUUUCACAGUGUGCUCCAUAUGAUAUAGUAGUGUUGGAUGAAAGUGGAGAAAUACAGCUUUCGAGAUGAGAAAGAUGAUUUAUUAACAGUCUUCGACCUAAUUUCUUUUGACCAAGUUGGCCGCAGGGAAAGUUGAGACUUUUUGAAGAUUUUAUUAACAUUAACAUGCCCACACUGACUUGCUUGCCCAGAUAUCUUAAACAUACAUUUCUUUUUACAUAUACUAGACAUGGUAUACCACAUGGAAGAAGUGUACAUUCAACAAGAAAAGUAAAGUGUAAGUUUUGAUUUAAUUGAGCAGAGAAACUAUAAUGUCUGAAUUUGUAGUUACUUAAAUGGUAGCUGUUUGACUUGUCCCUUCAGGCGCAAGUGGAUUAUGAUCCUUAUUUCUAAGUUAAAAAUCUAACACUGAUAAAUUCAGAUAUUGAGGGAAUUUCUUCAUGUAUGCACUUUGUUUAAACUAAUUGUAUUGCUUAUCAGGCUUCAGCAAAUCUAAAAGCUUGAAGAGACAUUCACAAAACAGUUGUAAUUAUCUAAAUAUUUUUUUAAGAUCAAAAUUUAAAUGAUUUAGUCCUUGAUUAGUUAGCUGUUAUUUUUAUACAAGAGAAAUUAUUCUGUGUGCUUCCAAGUUUCUGACAUUAGUAGUCCUCUGUUUGUCACCGGAGGGGACUUAUGGUUUGCCGCUAUCUGUACAUCUGCCAGUCACACAAAAUGGGGUAACUUUAUAUGUACAAGACGUCUUUUCCUAUAGCUUGGUAUGUGAGUAGAUGACAGUUUGAAGGAUAUGCACGUUCUUUUAUUUUGUUGCCAUGGCAAAUUAAUGUGGAUGCUAUGGCAACGAAUAGUCUGAAAACAGUGGCAAAAUGGGAUCCCAUUAUAACUUGAAAAGCACAAAAUAUAUUUUAAUCAAACUUGAUACAUAGAUAGAUGGCAAUAUGGAAGUGUCCUUUUAUUUUAUUGCUAUGGCAACACAUAGUUUAAAAAAAUAUGACAAACAAGAGUGGAUUCUGCAUUAGCUUAAAAAAAGAGAUACUUGAGAUUACUUCCUGAAUUUUGGUAAAUAGGUUAAAGGCAAAGUGGAGGACAUGCACAUUAUUUUACGUUCUUUGUUUGACCAUCCAUUCAGUCAUCUCUGCCCUUCUGUCUGUCACAAAUUGUGGAUUCUUUCAUAACCUUAAGAGCACAAGAGAUUUUUUCAUGAAAACUUGAACAUACUUGUUUGAUGGAAAGAAAUAUGUAGAAUAUAUGAUCAUUCUGUUGUCCUCUUAUCCAUCUGUUGAUACAUCUGUCUGUUCAUCUGUUAGUUACAUGUUAAAAUGGAAAGUUUUUUUAUGAAACUUGACUUACAGAUGUUGAUUAUUUGGAGAAUAUGCAUGUUUUUAUGCCCCCAAAGGUGGGCACAUUAAAAUGCACUGUCUGUUCGCGUGUGCGUCCGUGUAAAUUCUUGUCCGGGCUGUAACUCUGCCAUCCAUAAAGGGAUUUUAAAAUAACUUGGCAUAAAUGCUCACCAUAAUGAGAAGACAUGUCCUGUGCAAGACCCAGACCCCUAGCUUCAAGGUCAAGUUCACACUUAGAAGUAAAAGGUUAACAGGGUCUGUUUCAUGUCUGGUCCAUAACUCUGCCAUUAAAGAAGGGAUUUUGAAAUUACUUGGCAUAAAUGUUCACCAUAAUGUGACGACCUAUCCUGUGCAAGAUCCAGACCCCUAACUCUAAGGUCAAGGUCACACUUAGAGGUUAAAGGUUAACAGGGUCUGUUUCUUGUCUGGUCCAUAACUCUGCCAUUGAUGAACUGAUUUUAAAAUUACUUAGCAUAAAUGUUCCCUGUAUUGAGAUGACAUGUCAUGCGCAAGACCCACACCUCUAGCUUCAAGGUCAAGGUCACACUUAGAAGUCAAAUGUGUUUCUUGUCUGGUCCAUAACUCUGCCAUUUAUCAAGGGAUUUGAAAAUAAUUGACACAAAUGUUAACCAUAUUGAGGUGUGUCACGCUUAUGACCUGGGUCUCUGGGGUCAAGGUCACAAAAUGAUGCAUGAUUUUUUUGCGCAGACAACUGUAUCAUUCUUGGGUACGCUUUGGAGGCAUUUGUCACCAAUAGUGUCAGCUCUUGUUCUGUUAAAUUUGAAAACUAAAAUGUGGUUCCUAUGGCAGCAAAUUUGAUGAAUGCACCUUCCAGUCGGGGACUUUUAUUGCUGGGAAAUAGUCUUGUUUUAUUUACAUGUAGAUUAUUAUGAGAUAAUUAUAUUUUGAUGCCAGAAAUGAACUUUAUGUUGUAAUGUAUUUCUGUAGGUUAGUAUAUGCAAUGUACAGUAUACAUAUUUAUGUCUUCAAGUAAUUUUGCUUGUUAAUUCCGGUGACUAGUCUUAUGUAUAGGUGAUCAUUUUAUUAUUUUACUUCAUAUUUUAAAUGUUUUGAAGCUAUGACCAUUUUAUGUUUUAAAAGCUUGUUGUAAGAAUCUGUUUUUGAUUUUUGAAUUUUGUUAUUGAGCAUUGUAGACUAUAAAAGAUAUCACAGAUUUACAAGAAUUGUAUGUUUUAUGUUGGAGUAAUUAAAAAGGCAUGCCUCCAGAUAUGCAUCAGUAAUCGUGUUAUGAUUAUGAUAUAUAAUGUAUAGUUUAAAUUUUCUUCAGAUUUCAUUGUUUUCAUACUUUAGAUAGCUUUUUUCACAUGUUUUGUAUACUACACAAGUGUUGUUAUAAAAACUGACUAAACCAAUUUUUUGACAGCUCACCUGAGCAUAAAAUGCUUAAAGUGAGCAUUUAGGAUCAUUUUAAUAUCCGAUGUACGUUUGUCAUCCACAAUUGGUUUGUUUAAUCAUAAUCAACUUGGACAAAUUUUAUAUAGCCAUACUAUCUCAAUCCAGCUUGAUUAUGGGCCAGAUUAGAUCAUUCUGUCCGAAAAGAAAGGUAACACUUUUGUACUUUGAGAAUUUGUAUUUAAUGUUGGAAAAUUUGCAUCAAAUUACGCACACAUAAUAAAACAAAGAUGUAAGUUUUUUCGGUAAAACAGUGGAGUAAAUAUGUACCUUUUGUGUCAAAUGCGUCAUUUCAAUAAUUAAUGACUUUCUCAAGAUGACGGCCCUUCAUCAGCUUUCCUUGUUUAACUCGCACUAUGAAAUUGUUAAUAACAUUUCCACCCAUUUCUUCGCUGAUCUUCUUCACUUCCCGUUUAAUGCUUUUCAACAGCAUGUCCGUGUCCACUGGCUUUGGUCUGUAAACAGCCGACUUCAGAUAGCCCCAGAGAAAGUAAUCAUGUCAGCUUAAUUGUCAGCAAUGUCAACUGCCCAGCGACAAAAUUCAAGUCUUUGAACCUGAUCUGUGAUAUUUUAACUCUGCAUAAUCUGAAUUUUAUAAGGUAAAUGUUUAUGGUCCUUCCUUAUUAUGUCAUGAACACAAGUUUUAGGAAUUCCGGUCUCUGAGGUAUAAUUCAGGGUUAUUCAAGAGCAUUUCCCGAAGCAAACUCACAUUUUCGUCGCUCCUAUUGGACCUUGGCCGACCUGCUUUUGGACAUCCACUACUGACCUACGUUGCUCAAAUUUAUGUACAAUCUUGUAGACAUGUUUCCUGCUUACAUUUGUAUUCUUAAAAUGAUAUUUAAAUUUUCGCUGUACGUACGUUACAGAUUUUGUUUCAUAAUGCUUGGCGAUAAAAAUGCGCUGAUCUGACGUCAAUCGCACCAUCUUGAAAAUAAUGUACAUUUUGGAUUGACGUCAAAACGUCAUUAAUUUUUAUGCGUCAUUUUAACAAGCAGUAAAAACUUCCAUAUAAGACCUUUCAGUUGAUAUAAAUUUGAUAAAAAUAGCUCUGGAUUAAGCAAAGUAAUGAAAAUGUUAAAGUGUUACUGUUACCUUUCUUUCCAGACACCCCGAAGUUCUUGCUUUAUAUAAUAAAAAAAGUCACAUUGAACUGUGUUAACACCCACUCAAGCACCAAUAUUUCUUUUAAUCCUUAUAGUUAGAAAGAAUAUGUAUGGUAAAGGUCAAAAUUAAAAUAUGCUCCAAAAUUCAGCUAGGAGGUGUAGACAUGUACGAUGAUUGCCUGUGGUCAGUAGAUGACUCCUGUUGUUUGGGGUCAGAUUCAAGGUCACAGUGACCUUGAGACUGAAAACCUUUCAACUCAAUAAUAAGAGCAUGCUUUGUUCUACAGUUAUCAAACUUCAUAGGAAGAUCGCCUAGGGGUUGUAGAUGACCCUCAUUGUUUUGAGAAUCAGUAGAAGAAGCAUCAAGGUCACAGUGACCUUGACAUUGAAAACAGAUUCCUCUCAGUAACUAAUGAACGUUUUGGUAUUCAGACUUGAUAGAAUGAUUGCCUGUGUUCAGUAGAUGGUUCCUGUUUUAGAGGGAUUCAGUAGUUAAAGGUCCAGUUCAGAGUGACCUUGAGAUUGAGAAAUUUCUCCGCAUUAACUAGAAGAUGCUUUUGUCUACAGUUUUCAGCUCUACUUUUCGAAGAAAAAGUAGAGCUAUUGUACUCGCGUCGGUGUCGGCGUCAGCGUCGCCGUUGGUUAAAGUUUUUUAUAAAGUCAAAUGUCUCUGUUACUAUCAAAGCUAUUGACUUGAAACUUAAAAUAGUUAUUUACUAUCAAAGUCUACACCAGGAGAAACAAUCCCCAUAACUCUGUUUGAGUUUUGACAGAAUUAUGCCCCUUUUUAACUUAGAAUUUUUGGUUAAAGUUUUUGAUUAAGUCAAAUGUCUCUGUUACUAUCAAAGCUUUUUACUUGAAACUUAAAAUACUUAUUUACUAUCAAAGUCUACACCAGGAGAAACAAUCCCCAUAACUCUGAUUUGAAUUUUGACAGAAUUAUGCCCCUUUUUAACUUAGAAUUUUUGGUUAAAGUUUUUGAUAUAGUCAAAUAUCCCCUUUUUAACUUGGAAUUUUUUUACUGGCAAAGCUCUAAUUCAGAGUCAAGCACUGAGAAAAGUCUAGCGCGCUGUCUUACGGACAGCUCUUGUUAAUUGCCUGUGGUUUGUAGAUAACCCAUAUUGUUUUUGGGGGUCAGUAGGUCAAAAGAUCAAAGUCACAGUGACCUUGAGAAAGAAAAUGGUUUUUUUUUUUGCUAAAUAACUGAUGAAUGUUUUGGCAUGCAGUUGUCAAACUUUAAAGGAUGAUUGCCUGUGAUCAGUGGAAGGUCAAGGUCACGCUGACCUUGAGACUGAAAAUCAUUUCUGCUGAAUAAGGAAUGCUUUGGUCUACAGUCAUCAAACUUCAUUGCCUUUGGUCAUUAGAUUGCCUGUAUUUUAUUAUGGGUCAGUAGAUCAGGGGUCAAGAUCUCAGUGACUUUGAGAUGGAAAAUGGUUUCCACUCAACAACUAAAGAACACUUUCCACAUAGGAUGGUUGCCUACAGAUGACCCCCAGUUGUUUCUGAAUUUAUCUGUCAAGGAUCAAGGUCACAGUCUACAAAAUAACACACUGACUUUUUCUGAUCCAAAUCAUCUAUAAAUGUGGUAGGAUAAGUUUUUAAGUAGGUCAUUUGGGUGAAGUCCUAGAUAACUAGGUCAGAUUAUUGAAAAACUUUGUUAAAGAUUUACCUAAUUAACAUAAAACAUGGUCAAAAUGUUUGUCUUAAUGAGAUAUAGGCCUUAUUAGAUACUAAGUUAUUUAGGGUAAGAACUAGGUCAGGUGAGCGAUUCAGCACCUUCAGGGUGCUCUUGUUUAUAAAUAUUUGUAGUUGUCAGAUGUGUUGUUAUAAUUACUCAUGAUGUAAUGCUAUAUAUAUAUAUUGUUCCACUAACUUGUUUUAUGUUGGUGCAUGAAAAAUUCUGUGUUGAUUUUUAUACAUUUUUGUUGGUGUGUAAAGAUGCAUUAAUUUCAUACUUUGAUAAUCUUACGUGUGACCAUAGAUCAUACUGUGCUACUCUUGGUGCCUAUUUUGUUUAUAUAUUUACAAGAGUGCAUUUAUAUCAUAUUUUAAGGCUUAUAUUAUUAUUCCAUGACCGUUUUUAUGUUGAACUUAUAUGUUAAAAGUUUUGGUCAGGAAAACAUUUUGUAAAUGUCCAAACCACAUCAUACAUUCAUGUUAUACGUCUGAAAUGUUUUAGGUUAAAGUGUCUUUACAUAUACUAAGGUUAUCACUGUAAGUGUUUAAACAGUUAUAGUAAGUUAUAAAGCCAUUGUUACAAGUUUCUGAAGUCUACCUUAAGGUAGGUCUGCACGUUUGAUAAACCGGAAGUGAUGGUGUAACGUCAUUUAUCCGGAAAACGUAGUCUGGAUUUGGCGUACAGAAAUGAUAAUCAUUUUAUGAAGUAAUGUUAACCUGUGAGUAAAUUUAUUUCAGUGGCACUGUUACUAGCUUUCUAAAGUUAAAAUAUGAUAUUAAAACAUCAGACACAUUAAAACAACCCAAAAUGAUGUGUUACAAUUAUCUUGAAAUGUGCGGCUCACUUUAAUCAUGGUCAAAUAUUUCAAAAAUAAGCACACACACCUAUACAUUUUAUUUCACCACAUUAUAGCCCAUAUGUUUAUUUACGACUAUUGGAAGUUUUAUUAAAAUCUACAUUGUAGAACAAUUUCUGUUCGCGAAAAUGUUAUGAAAGUUGUGAUUUUCCCAUAGACUCCCAUUAUGUAAAAAUGCGCGAGGUUCAAGUUUUUCAAAUCAGUCUAGCAAAAUACCAACCACACGACUGUAUCCUUUUUGUUUGCUGAAUUUUCUAAGUAUAUUCUGAAGUUUUGAAAAAUCAAGGUUUAAUCAAAUUCUACAUUGUAGAACAAAUUUCGAUCCAAACGUGCAGAAUUACCUGAAAUGUUUUCAUACGUUUUGAUAAUGCAAGUUGUUUUAUUAUUCACCCAAUCUUUCUUAGUAAAUAUGGCCCUGAUUGUUUGUGGGUCAGUGUGUGAAAGGUCACAAAGAUCUUUAGUCUUUACUGAAAAUAAUCUGUUUAGUAGUGUUCUGACCCUGCUUGACUUCUGAGGACAAUAUUUGUUUGUAAAUUGACACCAUUUCUUUGGGUAUCAGGUGGUCAAAGGUCAAGGGCGUAGUGAGCGUUAGGCUCAAGAUUGUUUCUGAUAAGUAACUGGAGAAUGUUUAGUCUAAUUACCUACAGCCAGUUAAUGACCCCUAUCAUUUUGGUGGUUAUUUUUUAUUUGGUCAAAGGUCGAAACCACAGUGGCCUUGAAGCUGUAAAAGUGUUCUUGUUGAUAACUGAUGAAUGCUUGAACUGUCAGUCAUCAAAGUUUGCCUUUGGUCUGACGACCCCUAGUAUUUGCAAUGUUACUAGGUAACAGCAAACUUAAGACUGAAAAUCUGAAGUUCAAAAUGCCAAACCGACACUUGCAGUUUCGAAAUUUCAUGUGUUGGAAAAUGACUCAUUGCUUAUCCAAUUAGACUUGUCCAGUUAGAUCUGGGAAAUAAGGAACUUGUAAGAAACAUACAACAGUGUUGAAGGUUGUGUUUUACAGCUUCUGUUUGAUCUGCCUGAUCCGUAACAGAUUAGUGGCUUCAGGUAGAAACGAUAGAUCUUUAUAGUCAGUAGUAGGAUCUUUUUGCAUUUUUAAAUGUCUUCAGUUGUUUAGCCAAAAUGGUAUUUUUCCCAUUGUUAAAAUCCGACUUUGCACAAAAAUGCUGCUCACAUGCUAUCUAAGUCCUGAAAGUUUUAUAAAAAUCUGUCAAAGAAUAAAGCCAAAAUUUCAAAUUUUAAAAUAUUUUUUUCUUAUUCCAAAAUGGCCGAAAUAUACAAUAUAAAAUAACCCACCAAAAUUUUUUUUUUCACAAAACAUUCAAAGUCAAUCAAGAUAUUUCGAAAAAUUAAAAUCUUUGUAUUACCACCCUGGGAGUUCGUUUAAAAUUAUAUGUUGAAUAAAAUCUGUAAUAUUUCCUUACAUUUCAAGAGAUAUCAAGGAAAAGCCAUGUUACGUAAAAGGUGGAUCAAACAUUAGCUUCAUUGUUUUCAGAAAUGUUGAUUUUUUACAAUAUUGUUAAGAUUGUAAUCAUUGUAUUUUCUAAACUCAGCAAAAUUGUCUCUAAAUAAUUGAAAGUUUUAUGUUGUGGUAGCUAUGCUAUAGUAUGCUUUUUGUACUAUUGCAUUUUGAAUUUUCAAUUUUGUAAUUACUUUGUACAAUGAUAUACCAGGUACUGGUAAUAAAACCUUUAUACCGAUA